AUGCCUAGUGCACCUCCCUCCGCCGCCGUCGCCGCCGCCGCCGCCGAUACCGAUGUCUCCGGCCCGGCUCUCAUCGUCGGCGCCACCGGCUACAUCGGCCGCUUCGUCGCCGAGGCCUGCCUCGACAGCGGCCGGACAACCUACAUUCUCCUCCGCCCUGGCGGCGGCGCCUCCCCCGCCCGCGCCGCCGCCGUCGACGCCCUCCGCGAAAAGGGCGCCGUCGUUAUCGAGGGCUCAGUGGACAACAAAGAAUUGGUAGAGGAGAAGCUAAAGGAGCACAGCAUUGAAGUAGUGAUCUCAGUGAUGGGAGGGCCCAACAUUCUUGAUCAGCUAACCCUAAUUGAUGCUAUUAAAUCUGUACCAACCAUCAAGAGGUUCUUGCCGUCGGAGUUCGGGCACGACAUCGACAAGGCGAGCCCGGUGGAGCCGGGGCUGAGCUUCUACGAGGAGAAGCGGCGGGUGCGGCGGGCCGCCGAGGCUGCGGGGAUCCCCUACACCUGCAUCUGUUGCAAUUCCAUCGCCGGAUGGCCGUAUUUCGACAACACCCACCCCUCCGAGGUGCCGCCGCCGCUCGACCGGCUCCAGAUCUACGGUGACGGCACCGUCAAAGCUUUCUUCGUGGCCGGGAGCGACAUCGGGAAGUUCACGAUAAAAGCGGCGUACGAUCUGCGCGCGCUGAACAAAAUAGUUCACUUUCGCCCGGCCUGCAAUCUCCUCAACAUGAACGAGAUGGCGUCGCUGUGGGAGAGCAAGAUCGGACGAGCGCUGCCGCGAGCCACGCUGAGUGAGGAAGACUUGCUUGCCCUGGCUGCAGCAGAGAACUGCAUUCCGGCGAGCAUCGUCGCAGCUCUAACGCACGACAUAUUCAUCAACGGUUGCCAGACCAAUUUCUCGAUCGACGGCAUCAAAGACAUCGAGAUCAGUUGGCUCUACCCUGACGCGCCGUUCCGAACCGUCGACGAGUGCUUCGACGAGCACGCGGCCAGCCUCCCCCUGGACCAAAUCAGCCUGGAGAGCAGCCCAAGUGAUCCUGUAGUCAAAAGAUUGCCCGUUCCACCCACAUGCGCCUAAAUAUUAAUUAAUUAAUCUCUAUAUAUAUUUCGCGCUAUCUCUCGCCAUUGCGUAGAGCAUUGGAGUUACUUCAACUGUUGCUGUUUGUGUUGAUGAAGUUAGAGAGGCUCACAAGGGUCAAUUGUCUUAAUGCA